GUGGGUCUGUGAUGAUAUUGAUAAUUGAUUGAGUCUCGUGCAUAUAUUGAUACGGAGGUGUCCAAAGGCGCAACCAGGACCAAGACCACGAUCAGGGCGAGCGGGGGUCCAGGACUGAAGGGUCGGUAAGGGACAGUGAGGGCGACAGACAGGCUGGAGCCUGAACGUGUAGGACGUUGUGGGUGAGAAGGAUUUUAGACUCGGUCCCGGGUUUCGCAGAGAGCCGGUGCACCGAAGCUAAAACAGCAGAAAUAUGGUCCCUUUUCUUUCAGUGUGAACGGAUUCGGAUCGGGACUCAGGACAGUCUUCACUGACUGUGUGAUCAUAACAAUAAAACCAUCAAACUAAUCUGCAGCUUAAACUUUGAUCUCCAUGUUCAAACGAGGCUCGUCAGUCGGUGUUUCGGUUUCCUGCAGCGGGCGGAGUCCUUGAACGUCUCACGGAGCUCCUCCAACAUGGCGUCGCCCCUGCCCGGCAGAUGCUCUUUCUUCCUGCAGAAGAAGAAACGUUUCUGCAAAAUGAUCGUCGCGAGAGGAAAACUGUUCUGCGGAGAGCACGCGACCAUGGAGGAAGGAAGCAGCAGGAGGAUCAUGUGUCCUCUGGACCCCAAACACACUGUGAGUGAAGACAAACUGGACAAACACCUGAAGAAAUGCAACUCCAGAGAGAAACCCAAACCUGUUUAUUAUGUUGAAAACAUCAACACUGGACCAGCCGACGGAGACGAGACGCUUCAACAGGUAAGUCUGUCUGAGCGCAGCAGGGCGGAGCUUCAGUCUCUGGUGGACCAACUGAAGACAGCCGUCACAGUACUGCAGUGGGACGUGGAGGACAGCAUUCUGUCUCACCCCGUCCUCCAGGAAGAACUCAACAACCCGAAGAACGGAGACUCAGCCCAAAAACACCUGAAGCAGCAGUCCUCUCUCUUAGGUCACCUGCGGGCGCUGGGGCUGCUGGAAAGGGGGCGGUGCUUCGUGGAGUUUGGAGCAGGUCGAGGAAAACUGUCUCACUGGAUCCACGAGGCCCUGAAGACCCCAGACCACCUGCAGACCAGACCAGACCAGAACAGAGACCAGGUGGAUCCCUGUGAGGACCUGCAGCUGCUGCUGGUGGAGCGCAGCAGCACUCGAUUCAAGGUUGACGGGAAACAUCAGGACGCUGGCGUCGAAUUUGAGAGGCUUCAGGUCGACAUCCAGCAUCUGGAUCUGAGUAAAGUCCAGAUGCUGACCCAGAAGAAGCUCCCGCUGGUCGCAGUCGGGAAACACCUGUGUGGAGCAGCGACAGAUCUGGCUCUGCGUUGUUUGUUGGGGACACCAGAACUCACAGAGGACACUGGACCUGCCCCUAAACGCCCCAGAACCUCAGAACCAGCAGCACAGCAAAAUCCUAAUCCUGGUCUAGGUCCAGGUCAUGUGCUGGGCCUGACAGUGGCACUGUGCUGCCAUCAUCGCUGUGAGUGGCGUCACUAUGUGGGGCAGCGGUUCUUCGAGCAGCAAGGACUCGGUGCCACAGAGUUUUCGGCGUUCUGUCGGAUGUCCAGCUGGGCCACGUGUGGACUCAGAUCGACCAAUCAGGACACUCCGCCUGGGGAUCCGACCAAUCAGAGAGAAGAGGAUGAAGAGCAUGAGCCAGCGGAGGAGAAGGAUGCCGUGAGCGGCUUCCUGUCAGUGGACGAGCGCCAGCGCGUUGGCCGUCUGUGCAAACGCCUGAUCGACGGCGGCAGACUUCACUUCCUGAAGACCAAAGGAUUCGACUGCAAACUGAGUCGUUACGCAGACAGUCAUGUGACUCUGGAGAACGUCCUGCUGAGUGCCGUCCCCUCGUCCCCGUCCUGAGGGUCAAACUAAGGAUGCAGACAACACGCAGACGAAAAACAGACGACACGCAGACACAAAACAGACGAGUUCUCAGUUUCUGUGUUUUUGGAUUGAAUUGUUUGUAUUAAAGAGUUUGACUGCG